GAAGCAGAAGAAGAAGAAGAAGAAGAGCUGCUGUUUCCCUGGUUAGAAAGCUAGCUUAUCAUGCUAAUCACCUCUACAGGAACAUCUUUCUGAUCUUUCAUGUGAUCAAGUUUUUUUUUAAAAACAACUGGUUACAGUGUAUGGAUUCAAGGUGUUUAAAGUUUUCGCCUGAAAAUAUCAUCAGAAACAUAAAAAGCUCCAUCAUAUCAUAGUGAUGUUCCUCUCUGAAGUGUGCCUUCAAACAUCUGACAUGGCUUCAGAUUCAGCACACACUUCUGGAGAUCCUUUGCAGCUUUGUGAAGAUAUGCAGACGGACGCUUCAGGUGGAGGAACAUGGGAGUCUCUAGGAGACAUCAGUCCUGAGGACCAACACCAUGGAGAAUUCCAGAAGAAACCUAUUAAAGAGGAAGAACCUGAAGAUGAAGAAUAUUUCUAUGGAGAGACAUCAAGCUUCGUGAGACGCUUCACCCCUGUGGACCGACAGAAUGAAGGUUUUCAGGAGAAACAUCUAAAAGAGGAAGAACCUGAAGAUGAUGAAUACCUCUACUGUGAGGAUUGCAGCUCAUUCUUCAUCAACAAGUGUGAGAUUCAUGGCCUGGCUGUCUUCAUCUCUGAUACCCCUGUUCCCAUGGGGGUUCCAGACCGAGCCAGACAAACUCUUCCCCCUGGUCUGGAAGUGCGGAAGUCUGAGAUUCCCGGUGCAGGCCUGGGAGUGUUUAAUAAGGGAGAGAUUGUUCCAGUAGGUUCCCACUUUGGUCCCUAUCAAGGAGACUUGGUAGAGAGAGAGGAAGCCAUGAACAGUGGUUACUCUUGGGUGAUCUGCAGACGUGGGCAGUGUGAAGAAUACAUCGAUGCCAAGAGAGAGAUAUGUGCAAACUGGAUGAGAUAUGUGAAUUGUGCUCGUAACGAUGAGGAGCAGAAUCUUGUGGGAUUCCAGUAUCGAGGGGAGAUUUUUUAUCGUUGCUCUCAACCUAUCAAACCUGGACAGGAGCUCUUGGUGUGGUAUGAAGAGAAGUACGCUAAAGAUCUCAGCGUCACCUUUGAAUACCUCUGGAACAAAAAGUGCUCCACUGAUGAAAUGAAAGACCCAGUGAUGGAAGCUAUCUCGUGCUCUUUCUGUCCACUGUCCUAUACAUCUCAAAUUUACCUUUACAAACACAUCAGACGAUCACAUUAUGAUGAAUAUGAGAGACUGCUGAAACCCAAUGUUAACCGUGAAAACAUGAUGCCAACGAGAAGCUCCUGUAGUCAGCAAAAGUUCCCUGAGCCUCUUCAGACUGACACCACUCCUGUGCAAAUGCAGAAAGGAACUGCUCAAAACUUCGAGGAAAGUUUCACUCAGCAAAGUCACCUGGAACUGCCCCGGCGCAUUCACACGAGAGAGAAGCCUUUUUACUGCUCGCAUUGUGGAAAAAAUUUUACUCGAAAGGAUAAUCUCCAAACACAUAUGCGCGUUCACACGGGAGAGGUGUUCUACUGCUCACAGUGUGGAAAGAGCUUUAUCCGAGAGAGUCAUCUUCAACUACAUGAGCGCAUUCACACAGGAGAGAAGCCGUAUCAGUGCUCACAGUGCGGGAAGAGUUUUAAUCAAAUGAGCGCUUUUAAAAGACACCAGCGCACUCACACGGGAGAGAAGCCCUAUCAGUGCUCACACUGUGGCAAGAAUUUUAGCCAACUGGGUAAUCUCCAAACACACCAGCGCGUUCAUACGGGAGAGAAGCCGUUUCAUUGCACAGAGUGUGGGAAGAGUUUUAGUCUACUCAAUACUCUGCAGCUACACCAGCGAAUUCACACAGGAGAGAAACCGUAUUACUGCUCAGACUGUGGGAGGAGUUUUAAUCAAGUCAGCGCUUAUAAACGACACCACCGCAUUCACACAAGAGAGAAGCCCUAUCACUGCUCUCAGUGUGGGAAGAGUUUCAGUGACGGAGCUAAAUUCAAGGCACAUCAGUACAUCCAUACAGGAGAGAAGCCGUAUAACUGCUCCCACUGUGGGAAGAGUUUUUCUACACAGAGUGAUGUGAAGGUCCAUGAGCGCAUUCACAAAGGAGAGAAGCUGUAUCACUGCUCACAAUGUGGGAAGAGUUUUGUCCACCAAAGUAGUCUGAGAUCACAUAAGCGCAUUCACACAGGAGAAAAGCCGUAUCAGUGCUCGCACUGUGGGAAGAGUUUUGGUCAUAAAGAUACUCUCAAGAAACACCUGCACAUUCACACAGGAGAAAAGCCAUAUCAGUGCUCACAGUGUGGGAAGAGGUUUAGCGACAGAGGGACUUUCCGAUCACACCAGUACAUCCACACAGGAGAGAAACCGUAUCGCUGCACAGAGUGCGGAAAGAUUUUUACUCGACAAAGUUCUCUCCAGCAGCACCAGCGUGUUCACACAGGAGAGAAGCCAUAUUACUGCUCAAGGUGUGGGAAAAGUUUUAGUCAACAUGGUACUCUCCAACAGCACCAGCACACUCACACAGAAGAGAAACCAUAUCAGUGCUCACAAUGUCGGAAGAGGUUUAACAGGCAGAGAAAUCUCCAAUCGCAUAUGCGCAUUCACACUGGAGAGAAGCCGUAUCACUGCUCGCAGUGUGGGCAGAGUUUCAGUCAUCAUAGUACUCUAAAACGACACCAGCGCAUUCACACAGGAGAGAAGCCGUAUCACUGCUCACACUGUGGGAAAAGUUUUACUCAGCACGGUACUCUACAGUCACAUACACGCAUUCACACUGGAGAAAAGCUCCAUCACUGUUCACAGUGUGGUAAAACAUUUAACCGACAGAGUUCUCUCCAAAUACACCAGCGCAUUCACACGGGAGAGAAGCCAUAUCAGUGCUCGCAAUGCGGGAAGAGUUUUAGUCAGAAUGGUACUCUCAAACAGCACCUGCGCAUUCACACUGGAGAGAAGCCCUAUGGCUGCUCACAGUGUGGGAGGACUUUUAGUCAGCAGAGUACUCUACACCAACACCAGCGCAUUCACAGUAAGAAGAAACUAUAUCAGGAUACAGCAUGGGAAGAGCUUUAACGACACAUGCUCUUCAACAACACCAGCACAGUCAAACAGGAGAAGACGCUGUAUCACUGCUCAGAAUGUGGCUGGGCAAACACAAGAGAGGUUUUUUUUUUUUAUAGACAACAUGGUAUUAAUUGUUAGCUAGUCCUUUGUACAUUCCUCAACCUAAUUAACCUGGGGUCUGAUAUGUGUUUUGAUUUAAACAUACAGCUGUGUAUCAUCAGCAUAGCAGUGGAAGUUAAGACCAUGUUUACAAAUGAUUGUACUCAAAUGUAGAAUAUAUAAUUAAAAAAAAAAAAAAUACUGGCCCUAUUGACCAUUGUGGAAUAACAAAGUUUACCAUUUUAACUUAUUUUACAUACCUCCAGCAAGGCAUGCAGAAUGUGGUUAUUCAGUGGAAGAAGAAGUCUUUCUUGUCAUCCCUUAAAUAGUGUUUGAGAGAACAGUAGAAAUGGUAGCAGUAGGAAUGCUAGAUGUUUUUAAAUCCAGAUUAAAAAUGUACUCCUGUAACCUGGCAUAUUCAUAGUUUUUGAUUCUUUUAUUUCAUCUUAAAUAUACUUUUCAUUCUGUCUAAAUAAUUCGGAUAGAUUUAUAAUUAUUUCAUGUUACUUCCUCUCAAACCCAGGGUCCCUGGAGGACUAGUGGUUAGGCCACAGUGCCCUCACCACUGUGACCUGGGUUUAGUUCCCAGCCAGUGCAACAGUGUACUCUUAGUGCCAGUCUCAAGCCCAGAUAAAAUUGGAGGGUUGUGUCAGGAAGGGCAGCUAGCAUAAAAACUGUGCCAAUCAAAUACAGCCCCUGGCAAAAAUUAAAACUAAAGUCAUUUCAAAUGUCAACUUUCUGGCUUUAAGAAACACUAAAAGAAAUCAAGAAAACAAAUGUAGUGCUUGGUCUAAAAGAAGUAACUGUUACUGACUACCACAUUUGUUUUGACUUUAGUUUUGUGUCAUGUCUGUGACCUGCCUUUUUUCUACAAAAUUAAACAACUGAAUGAACAUCCUCCAAGACUGGUGAUUCCAUAAUUUUUGCCAGGGGCUGUAUAUGGACCAAUGAUCCGCUGUGGUGACCCCUACCGGGAGCAGCCGAAAGAAGAAUGACUUCUUCUCAAACCCAGAGGCUAUGUGAUUGUGUUUGUUUAUAGGAUGUUACAGCUAGGCUGGACUGCAACUAGGCUACUAGUCUAGGCUGGACUGCAACAUGAAUGAGAGACUGGAUCCCCUUCUCACCAGACCAAAACACUGAACACUCGAUAUCAAUUAUAAGUGAGAUUUUAUUGACAAAGGUCUUUGAAACUGUGGGAUGGGAGGUACUUCAGGGAUGAGCAUACACCAAAAUAAAUUUUUUGGAUAAUUUUUUUUUUAAAAUUACAAAAUAUGGUUUUUGCUGAGUAACUUAAAAGAAAGAGAAAACACAAAAAUUUACACCAUCCCCCUAUCCACAGGAGAAAAGGAGUAAUCAAAAUAAAUGACCUGCUUCCUUCCGCUACCUGUUCAAUAUCACUUAUCAAUACAACAAGUUAUUAUUAACCACAGAAGAGCUAGUCCUUCAGAAAGACUGCAAGCUACUGCAACAGGUAUCUACUCAAGAGAGGAGAGGCUGUUGGGUUUGGUCAGAUGGCACUUCUGGUGACAUCUGAAGGGUGACCAGCACUGUGAACAGCACAGGGUGGUGGAGAAGGCCGCCCAAAUGACAACCCUGGCCAGAACAUUUGAGAAACAACUUGGAACAUGGUGUAAAAGUGUGGAUUGUGUUUGUGUGCUGGCACUAGCCGCACUGGACCCAGGGUUUAAUCUUCUUGGGUUUGACAAGUCAGAAAAUGCAAAUG